CGGAGCCUCCUCUGGCUCUUGCAUGAGUCUUGGGGCGGGGAGCACGUGGCACUGGGCCCCUCUUCUCGGCCCUUCCCCUCUCUCAAAAAGGUGUGCGCUGCAUUGACAGCUGCACUGAUGCUGGGCCUGCCACAGUCGGCUCCUCCCUUGCUGUUUCUCUCUCACAUUAAACAGGGGAGUGGGUUGGGGGACAGUGAGAGGAAAAAUUCUCCUUCAGCCCCAACUCUAAUCUUCCCCUGUGGGAAAUCCUGGGUGAGAAGAGGCUGCAGAGUCCCUGGAUGCAAACAAAUGCAGCCUCUGCCAGGCUAAGGCAGCGAGUUUAAGCGGAUUCCCCACCUCCUGCAGUAAGAACAUUACGGCCCAGACAUCACAAGUGCAGGCACUGCUGGCUGGAGCGGCCGUCUGGCCUCAGCUUCUGGAUUAAUGCAAGUGGAAGGGAUGAAAUACCCGGGACUCGGCGAGGAAGGAGCCAGGCUGGCCUCUGGAGCUGGGACACAAGGUUCUGUGGGCAAGACACAUUUGCUAAGCACGUUAGCACUCACUCUGCACUAACCUUGGUUGCCCAGUGGCUUUGCUUAGUCCUAGCACAGCACCUCUACAGCGGUGAAAAAGAUAUGGUCUUUGCUAUGUCAUCAGCUGCUGUAGGUGUAGUGAGAGCAUCCAGUGAAGUGAAGGGCUGACUUUCUCCGAAUGUUCAGUUUUGUACUAGCAUACCUGUCUCAAAAUACCAUGGCACGACGCACACGUAACAGCAGAGCCUGGCACUUUGUCCUGAGUGGGGUACGCCGUGAUACAGACAGCCGGGCAGUAGCUUUGGCCACUGGCACACAUGGCUGGGGCUACGAUUCUGACGGGCAGCACAGUGACUCUGACUCAGAGCCAGAGUUUCCUUCCCUCUCGCCAUCCAUCCCUAGCGCCAUCCCUGUGACAGGAGAGUCCUACUGCAACUGUGAGAACCAAAAUGAGACUCCGUACUGCUCCAGCCUGCACACCAUCCACCGUGUCAAGGACUGCCAGUGUGGCGAAGAGGACGAAUACUUUGACUGGGUGUGGGAUGACCUGAACAAAUCAACAGCAACCCUGCUGACCUGUGACAACCGCAAGGUGAACUUCCACAUGGAGUAUAGCUGUGGUACUGCUGCUAUCCGUGGAAACAAGGAGCUGGGAGAAGGACAGCACUUCUGGGAGAUCAAGAUGACCUCUCCUGUCUAUGGCACUGACAUGAUGGUGGGAAUCGGAACUUCAGAUGUCAACCUGGACAAGUACCGCCACACAUUUUGUAGCCUGCUGGGCAAGGAUGAGGACAGCUGGGGACUCUCAUACACAGGGCUUCUCCACCACAAGGGAGACAAAAUAAACUUCUCAUCACGGUUUGGCCAAGGCUCCAUUAUUGGGGUUCAUCUUGAUACGUGGCAUGGAACACUCACCUUCUUCAAAAACAGGAAAUGUAUAGGAGUUGCAGCUACCAAACUUCAGAACAAGAAGUUCUACCCGAUGGUAUGCUCCACUGCAGCCAAAAGCAGCAUGAAGGUGAUUCGCUCGUGCGCCAGCUGCACGUCCCUUCAGUACCUCUGCUGUUACCGCCUCCGCCAGCUGUUGCCUAACUACAUGGAUACACUGGAGGUGCUUCCAUUGCCACCAGGACUCAAGCAAGUUCUACACAACAAGCUGGGCUGGGUCCUGAGUAUGAACUAUAGCACAUUGAAGCCUUCCUCCUCUUCAUCAGGAAGCGACUCAGAUAGCUCCUGUGGCUCAGAUGCAGAGGCAUGCCAGAGGAAGAGGUGCAGGAGGACAUAACUUAUUUCCAAAUAAACUGCUUUGUGGGACUUUGGGUGGGGUAUUGUUUUACUCUCUCCAUGGCAAUCCAGGCCAAGCAUCUCCCUCUUUAUGGGACAUAAACUUCUACUCAAGUUUGCAAAGAUAGAAGCAUCAACCACUUGCAUUGAAAAUAUCUAGCAACUCAGAGAGCAACUCCUUCGAAACAGACAGCCCAGAUAAUCCACAGCAAAAUGUUCUAACUUAAUCUACUUGCCACCAAAGUGACUAACUCUUCUCAGGGGAGUACACUUGUUUGCAAGACAAGUUUUCAAACUGGCUUCCUGAUUUCAAAGUAUACUUCUCUUCUAGCAAACUAUAAUCAAAUAACCUACUUGAUUCCCAUCAAAAGACAAAAUUUGUUACCACUCCACCUUUCUAGCUGCUGUAUGCUGGUCCAGUACUUGCAAUAAAUGCACUGCAAUGUUGGGACCUGAUCAAAACAGCAGUGUUUAGAGAAAGAAGCUCCUAAAAAUGCAUCUACAUGCAUUGUCAUUGGUAACUGAGAGCAAGUACUUGUAAAUUGAGCUGUAAGGGAUCUCAUUUGAGCUCUAUGAUGACUUUAAUUGCUUUGCAUGUUGGCUACUGCAGCUUCUAUAUCAGACUGUAUUAAAUUGUAAUAAAAAUAUAAACUAUU